GCCAAGAUAGCACUGACUUGCCUUGCUAUUAUAAUAAUAUAAUCCGAUAUAUCGCCCUACCUGGAUUUCCCUCAGUUCAUUCAUCCAUCAUCAUCAUUACCAUCACAUGAUCCUCGUGGAACUGGGAUUCGCAUUGAUCGUCUCUUAAUCGACGCAUAUAUAAGUUGGGAACGCCCAUCGUGUCGGUUUAUUUACAAUUCAUUCUUCCUUCCUACUCAAAAGGCUUCCAAGAUAUCCCAGGUAUAAACAAAUUAUGAUACCGAAUAUAUAUACGUGCAUGAAAGAUGUAAUACGGGAUUUCACCAGCAUGACCCUCUUCUUCAACCGCCAUCAACGUCGCCGAGAACCCAACAAGGGAACGGUAGAACGACUACGCAAACUGGACGCUGUCUCGCCCACUCGCACGCUGGAGGAGUGGUGGACACGCAUCAAAAACCAGGUCGAUCGAUUUGCAGCUGAUGCUGAUGCUGGAUCAAUCGACAGUCAAUUUACAUGCGCCGUCUGUCUCGAUCCCGUCCUGGGAUCCCAAGAAAUCCACGAACUCAAAUGUUUGCAUGUGUUCCACAAGGAAUGUCUCGAGAAAUGGUUCUUGCAGCACCAUUUCAACUGCCCCCUCUGUCACAGAGCGUAUUACUUCCGUGAGCAACGUCCGGCUACUAGUGACUGGUUAUGGAUGGUAUGAAUGUUUUUGUUU